AUGGAUGUUGCGGUGGUUGAUCACUUACGUCCAAUGAACUGGGAAUGGCUCAGAUUACCUCAGAUACCCAACAUCUCUCUUCUCCCGUUUGAAAUUUCAAAAUCCGUGUUGAGCUAUCUCCUUAGAUGGAUACUGAGAAGGUACAUAAACGUAGAUACAUUUCCAGACAACAUCGAUGACGCCAUUGUCCUCGAAAACAAGUCUCUAAAUUCCCGACCAAUCAAUCAACACCUGUCAAGCUCACCAAUUGACGUCAUUUCUGCUAAAUUCAAUAGGCUAUCUAUACGCAUUCCAUGGUCUAACCCGCUCAGCCAAUCAAUUUCCAUUGAUUUGGAUGGCUUGGACGUGUUUUUGGCACCUUGCACAGCAAGAGAAGAAGAACCACACCCACAGCUAAACGUUGACUCCCUCGCUCAACAGUAUCUCGACAACAACAAUGAUUAUCCAAUCCCUGGAUCAUUCGAUGUACACUCUCACUCCGCCACUUCGGCCACCUCAGCUACCUCACAGAGAUCUCUGCUUAAAUCACUUAUAAAUGCUAUUUUAGCUAAAAUCAAUGUUACACUCACAAACACCCAAAUCACUCUAUCAAAUAGCGAUAGCUCUAUUCAAUGUAAAAUGGCGUCAUUAGAGUUCGGUGACGUCGAUUUAAGCGCAAAUCAGCGAACUUUCUCUUUAAAUGGUGUUGAGCUGUUUACCCACACCACACAGCAGCCACAGCAGCCACAAAGCUCUCAGAUGUUCAUGAGCGCACAAGAGAGUCUCCACCAAACUCCAUCCACACAUCGAAUCCUAAACUUGACCAAUAAAAUCACCCUCACUCUCCAAAAUGAUUUAAAUGACUCAAUACCUACGAUAAAUAUGGAUAUUGGUGGUGUAGUUUUGCUUCUCUACCCAUCCACCGUUUCCUGCCUUCUCCAUCUCAUUCAGUCGUUCCCUGUUGCUUCCAAGACAAAUGCACACACAGAGUCACGGACAGAUGCUCCUUUCAUCUUCGGUAUCCUCCUACGCCAUCUGCGCGUCUUCAUUCUCUUGGACGAAUUAGACUACAUUAUCAACGAGGAUGAUCUGUGGAAGGGCACCACCUCUAAUUUCCACAUACCAGGCUAUUAUGUCGAGGCUAGCAUCACAGAUAUUGAUAUCACAGCUCCUCAAUGGUCAAUGACGGUGGGCGACGCCAGCGUAAUGGCGAGUGACUCUGUUCGUACAUUCCCACUGCUCAUUUUCGACGACGCUGUAUCAAACGCAGUGUCUAGUGCAGCGCCCACAAUGUCCGACUGGCUGUCAGAGGAAGAAGAGGGCGGAGAUGAGCGUAUUUACGACAACAUGACGUGGAAGCUGCUCAGCACAGACGCAAAUGGAGCAGCUAGUACGCCUCCAAAAAACAAAUCUAUCAUCAAAAUGACUGGGAGAGAUGUAUGCAUCUCCUCCACUCACCUAUUCGCUGAUUUGGCUGUUGUCGAGCGGUUUUUCGGCAGCGAUCUCUUCCAAGCAUUGAAUGUGAACGUGGCUGCGACUCACGACAGCAUUGUCAACUCACUUUUACAAGAGGCAGAUAAAAGCAUUUCACCUGCAUCUGCAUCUGCUUCCGAAAUACUAUCACCCCUCCAAUCCAUCCCUUUCACGCUUACGCUAGAUGCUAUCAGAGUGUCUUUGCGCUGUCCACCCCCCUCUCCACACCAUCAAUUGCGUUCGGGAAUUCUGACGAUAGAUGUGCGCCAGCUUAGUCUCACUCCACUUUCAAACACUCGAACAACCGACGUUAGCAUGGAGUAUUCAAAUGUAUACUGGCUUGAUGCGCGUCAUCAUCAUGUAUGUAGCGGACCAAAGCGUAUUACGAAAGUGGACGCACCGAAGCUAGCAAUCAAGACGCGCACACACGCUCACUCAACACCUAAACUCACACUGGCUAUCCCAUACAUAGAGUUCGAAUUUAGGAGGCGUGAGCUGGUCGGGCUGCAGUAUCUCGCCGACGACGUGGCUUUGCUAAGCGAGCGUAUCAAGGCGAGUAGAGGGAAGGUUGGAGAGAAUGUUAAUGUGAUGCAGUCGGUCGUGGAGCUCGUCAAGAGUCGGUUAGUGGUUGAUGAGAUGGCCGCGGAUGUGAGUGGUAGCAGCCAUGUUCACACUCAAACUCAAGAUGGAUCUAUGCACGACUUCUUCGAGGCUGAGAAUGCUGAGAAAGAAGAAAAUCAUGGUGACACUGAAGCUGAUCUUGAUGUGCAUUUAGAUGCAGGUAAAUACAUGAUAGAUGUCCCCACUAUCAACUUGAGCACGGGGAAGGAGACGGGCGAGUGUUCGCUGGUGGUUGCCGACGUACGCGACAUAGACGUUUCGGCAAGAUUUCCACAAGAUGCACGCAAAACGAGCAAAAGUAAGAAGGAUAGCAAGACAAGUUUCAAAGUGACACUUCUAUCGAUCAUAGUGAGAGAGGGCGACAACGACCCACUGGUAGAAUCACAUCGCCACAUGGAGAACCCAGCCAUUUAUCUCUUUUUCAAUGCUUCUGUGUCUAGGAAAGGUGUGAAGACGUCAGCAGCAGAGAUAGUGCUCCACUCGGUGAUCUUCAACAGUGACCUCAACACAGAUCUCUUGCGUGAUAUUGCUUUCUUGCUCCAACCACCACCAGGGGUCUUCGAGAACGCCGUUCCCUCCGAUAUCACGACUCUGGGAGUGCGCCUGAAAGAUGUAUCGGCGCGCAUUUGUCCCCUCACCUCGCAACGUCGUCUCGUCGUCCAUUUCGGCAAUACCUACAUACAUUUGACACUGCGAGCUGAGAGUGAAGUGAAAGAUGUGAAGAAUGUCGCUGGUAAUGUAUCGCUCUUCCUCGUCGACAACGAGGCGGAGGCGCUGCAGAGACGUAAGGGGAACAUGGAGCAGCGCGACGUGUUUAGAGGGAGUUUAAGGGAUCAUUGGAAGUCCGCUGGAUAUGUGCAGAUUGCAGAGCUCGUCAAAGUGACCAGCAAGUUCAAAGUUAAUCUCAAGUCAACAGACACUGCCAAAGUGAUAGCUGAGAUAAUGUACGCAGAUGGUCGAGUGGGGGUAUGUGCCGAUUCGCUGAGUACAAUAAAGCAAUUCCUGUCCGACCUGUCACCCACUUCGCCAUCUUCAACGAGCGACCGAACUGUACACUCGCACUCCUCGCCAGCCGAGGACACGAACGCAUACACGAACCUGCUCGCCUCGCUCGACGAGACGGCCUUUGCGCAGCUUCCGGAGACAUACACGACCAUGAGCGCGGACAUGUUGGACGACGAUAUUCCCACCAACCUCGAGUAUGCCGAGAGUGGUGCGCACCAAUCGCACUAUAUGGAGCGAGGGUUAGAAUUUGAUGCGUACCGUGAAGGGCUUUCGCCUUCGUCUUCGGACGUGGUGCACGACGAGUUGGACGACUAUGUCAUGCCCGCGGCCUCGCAGCCUGCAGAGAAAGCAGAGGUGAUAGUGCCUGGUGCAAUGAUGCGCGAGGGCUUCGUAGAGCUGCUGCGGGAGAGAUACGCCGAGGAUCAAUAUGCUGCACAGACGCAGAGGCGCCUGUCGUUGGUUGACGUCACGCUGCACCGUGCUGAUGUUUCGCUGCAGCUCUUCGACGGGUGCGACUGGGUGCGUACGCGCGCUAAAAUAGAGCAGGAGUAUCGCAAAUUGAGGAGAAAGCUCGUGCGCAUACGCCAGCUGCUUUCUACAGGUCAGCAGGUGGACACCACCGACGAGCUUUCGUGCGAUGUGUACGGAGCUUACAGUGUCGGCCUCAGCAGUAGUAGCGCGGGAAGCACUGAUUCUCACAUCGACACCUCUGAAGAUUUCCUCAAAGCUAUAGACGAGGAAUUGGGUGUGGCGGGCGAGGAGAGUGACAGCGAGUGGCAGAAUCUAAGCACACCUUCUCAGUCACACAGAACGAAAGAAUCUGUCCCAGCACCAGAUCACACUCAUACUCACACGUCAGACUUCAAGAAAUCGCUACAGAGAUCCUCCGCUCCGUUCGUUGAAGUCACAGCGCGUGACGUGCACUCUUCCUACACGAAGUUCGCUGAGGGAGACAAGGCAUCUGCUACCAAGCUAUCGAUUAAAGAUAUGGAGGUCUUGGAUGGGGUGACGCAGAAGAGCAAAUGGAGGAAAUUCAUGACAGCGUUACAGAAAGACCUUAGAGGAAAUAUGCGCGAGUCUAACUCGAAUAUGGUAGAAGUGACACUCAAUAAUUUGCUCACUGAUGCUAAUGAGGAGGAGAUUUCACUGCUGUGUCGCAUCCUGCCCAUCAAGCUCAACAUGGACCAGGAUGCACUCGACUUCCUCAAGCGUUUCAUCGCCUUUAAAGAUGAAGGGGAGAGUGCUAUUGGCAGGCCAAGUGGACCUUAUAUCCGUCAAGCUAUUAUUGAGCCGGUCGAGAUCAAGAUGGACUACAAACCGAAGCAUGUCAACUACGCGGCUCUGCGACAGGGAAAGACGAUGGAAAUGAUGAAUUUCUUUCAUUUCGAUGGAUCUGAGAUCAUACUGCGCAGGAUCAUGAUAUCGGGGAUCGUCGGCUGGCCGCGCUUGUUUGAUCUACUGCAGGACACAUGGACACCCGACGUCAAGGCAAACCAGCUGUCGGAUGUGAUCUCGGGAGUUGCGCCAGUUCGUUCACUAGUGAACGUUGGCAGUGGUGUAGCCGAUCUCGUACUGCUGCCUAUUGAGCAAUACAGACACGACAAGCGCAUCAUAAGAGGGCUCCAGAAAGGCGGAACUUCUUUCGCGCGGAAUGCAGGCAUGGAAGCAGUGCGACUAGGAGCAAAGCUCAUCAACGGUACGCAAGUGGUGUUAGAGCAUGCAGAAAGUAUUCUCGCCAACAGGCCAUCGCAGGAUAAGGUGACGAUGGAGGCGGUUGAAGAAGAGACACAGCCGACGACAUUGAAACAGGGAAUGGAGAGUGCAUAUAGAUCGUUGAACAGUAAUUUGAAUGAUGCAGCACAGACUAUAUUGGCUGUUCCAAUGGAGGUGUUUGAGAAGGGCGAUAAGAAUAAACCGAUCAUACGAGCUGUUCCGAUUGCGAUAUUGAAACCACUGAUCGGGUUGACAAGUGCGGCUGCCAAGAUCCAGCAAGGCUUUUUGAAUAAAUAUGACGAACAACGAAGAGAAUGA